AUAUUCGGCAUACAUAAAUUCUUACUUAUUACUGAAAAUAUUAUACUUCUACUAACAGCUCUCUUUUCCAAGGUAGGAGAAAUUUGAGAAAACAAAGCAUUUAAAGAACAAGAAAAUUCGCUGGGCGGACCAACUUCGUGACGAUUUUUUAACUGUCUUUUAUAUGUCCUAAAAAUAGUAAGACAUGUUCGAUAAUAUGUGCUUUUGUCUAUAUAACCUAUAGAUUUGUUUCCAAUUUGCAUAAAUCUGAUAAGCUUUCAAUAUUUUAUUCAGGCGUAGAAUUUCAAAUGACAACUUUCAAAUGUUUAUUUAUAUUCAAAUUUUAUAUUCAAAACUGUGAAUAUUGUGAAUGGAUGUAAAACCACGGUACGUUUUUGGUCAACUUUCGGGGCGGGUACGAGCGGAAGUGGCGUUUGUUGUUCUUCCCUGUGUUUCCGAGACGUUCAGGGUCUGAAGGGGUUUAAGAGCCGCGUCUCCGCACGCCGCUACCGAUUCCCUCAAUAAGUCCUCUUCUACAGCCCCCGAAUGAAGAUUAACAGGUAUGCCAAAGGAAAAAUAUGAUCCUCCAGAUCCCCGCAGAUGUUACACCAUCAUGUCGGCCGAGGAGGCGGCCAACGGGAAGAAGUCUCACUGGGCUGAGCUCGAGAUAUCUGGGAGGGUGAGGAGCCUGAGCAGCUCCUUGUGGACUCUCACCCACCUGACGGCGCUGCACAUCAACGACAACAACCUGACCCGCAUCCCGCCGGACAUCGCCAAGCUGCCCCACCUGGUCUACCUGAACCUGUCGUCCAAUAAGCUGCGCAGCCUGCCCGCCGAACUGGGCAACAUGGUCUCUCUCAGGGAAUUGCUUUUAAACAACAAUCUUUUACGAGUUCUGCCUUACGAACUUGGGAGACUUUUCCAGUUACAAACCUUGGGGCUAAAAGGAAAUCCUUUGUCCCAGGACAUCCUCAAUCUGUACCAGGAACCCGACGGAACCAGAAAGCUUUUGAACUACAUGCUCGACAAUCUAGCAGUGCACCCGGAGCAGCUUCCCCAAAGACCCUGGAUCACUCUGAAAGAGCGAGACCAAAUGAUGCCCACAGCGGUGUUCACGGUCAUGUGCUACAACGUCCUGUGUGACAAGUACGCCACGCGGCAGCUCUACGGCUACUGUCCAUCCUGGGCCCUGAACUGGGAGUACCGCAAGAAGGGCAUCAUGGAGGAAAUCACCAGCUGUGACGCCGACAUCAUCAGCCUGCAGGAGGUGGAGACGGAGCAGUACUACACCUUCUUCCUGGAAACGCUGAAGGACCGCGGCUACGACGGCUACUUCUGCCCAAAAUCUCGUGCCAAACUGGUUUCCGAGCAGGAGAGGAAACACGUGGACGGCUGUGCGGUGUUCUUCAAGACCGAGAAGUUUACUUUGGUCCAGAAACACACUGUGGAGUUCAAUCAGGUGGCCAUGGCCAACUCGGAGGGCUCGGAGGUCAUGCUGAACAGAGUGAUGACCAAAGACAACAUCGGGGUGGCCGUUCUCCUCGAGGUCAAUAAGGACGUCUUCUCCAGUGGCAUGAAGCCACCACAGGAGAGGCAGCUGAUCCUUGUUGCUAACGCCCACAUGCACUGGGACCCCGAGUUCUCGGACGUCAAGCUGAUCCAAACCAUGAUGUUCCUGUCGGAGCUGAAGAGCAUCGCAGAGAGGGCCUCGGGCUCCGUGGCGACGGGCUCGCCGACCUCUGACCCGUCCUCCAUCCCCAUCGUCCUGUGCGCUGACCUCAACUCACUGCCUGACUCUGGUGUGGUGGAAUACCUGAGCAACGGAGGAGUGGCCGAGAACCACAAGGACUUCAAAGAGCUGCGCUACAGCGGAUGUCUGACCAACUUCAGCUGUAACGGCAAGAACGGCAACUCAGACGGGAGCAUCACACACAACUUCCAGCUGAAGAGCGCCUACGACAGCAAUCUGAUGCCUUACACCAACUACACGUACGACUUCAAGGGCGUCAUCGACUACAUCUUCUUCUCCAAGACCCACAUGAGCGUCCUGGGCCUCAUGGGGCCGCUGGACAGCCAGUGGCUCAUAGACAACAACAUCACCGGCUGCCCCCACCCUCACAUCCCCUCGGACCACUUCUCCCUGCUGGCCCAGCUGGAGCUGCACCCGCCCCUGCCCCCCCACCCGCUCAACCCCCUCAACGGGCUGCACCUGCCGGUCCACAGGUAGUGCAGCCUGACAGAGGCCCCCCCUCCCCAACUUACCCCAAACUUACCCUGCACCUUUUAAACGUUCUCCCCCCUCCACACAGGACCCCUGUACAGUUUACCCACUGUCCAUCCUCCGAAUCCUCUAACCCUAAGACACACCUGCCCCACAAGGAGUGAAGUAUUUGCCCCGUAUGUUGCUCCUUCUUUUAUGUUUUUGCACACUGUAUCGUUUUAUUUGUCCUCCCCCGUUUAAAAAAAAAAAAAAGGCUUGAUACCAAAUGUUGGACUUGGGAUAAAUUCCCAAUGUCGUUUAUUCUUUUUUUUUUGCCUUAGAUACCAUCACAACCCCUCCACCCCCUCCACAGGAAAACAGAUUUUAAGAUUAAUUCACCACACGGUGUCAUCGAGGUGUCAGGUUUUGUUUUUUUUUUUUUUUUGUUGUAGAGUCAGUGCUGCGCCGCCACAUGCAGGUUGUGUUCAAGUCCCAAAAUUAAAUCGACAGGUAUUUUAAUAAAAAGCAGUAACACUACGAGCGCCUGGAUCUAAGUCGUGAAUGUUAUAGGAGGAGGUUUGUUUACAUCAGCACGUCCAUCUUUUAAACUAAUCACCCGGCGUUGUUUGGUUUUUUUUUGUUGUUUUUUUAAAGAGUGUUUUAAAAGUUUAUGAAGCCAUCUCAUGUCACACACUAUGAUAAUAUCCACAAUGUCUUUUAUUUUCUUUUAUUUUAUUUUUGGGGGUGGGGGAAGCUUUCAGAUGGAUUCCUGCUUUGUGGAAAAUGCUGGAUACUAACCUGUGUUCUGGAUCAUAUUUCCUCCAGAUUUGGGAUCCGUUGCCUGGUUCGUUUUGUUUUAUUCGAGCUGCAUGAAUGUGACUGAGCUGCUCAGUAACACAGACCUCUCUUUUAUCAUUUCUUCCUGCAGAAGAGGUGUCGUUUUUUUUUUUUUAUUAUUAUUAUUUUAGAUGCAACUCGUGAGUUUUCUGCAGAUAAAUAAUAGAAGAACAAUCAAGUCCGGGCCAAAUGAGUGCAAACCCCACAUUGUCUAUUUUUAUUUGCCAGAACUGCAUCAUCCAGAUUAACUCUUUGGAUAUUUUCACGCAUUUUAGCUUUUGACUUUGAAACACCCGCCGUCUUAAGUGAGUGUCGUCCUGUUUCCCAAAGAAUCUCCACUCAAGCGACGUGUUCUCUAACAAUAAUAAUAAUAAUAAUAAUAAUAAUGAUAAUUAAUAAUAAUUUCUAUUUAUUGGUGCCAGCGGAAAAAUAAAUUCCUGUGAAGAAUCGGUUGACGAUUCGCGACCAGGAGCUGAAUGUAUUCACCGAAAGGCUCGUGGUGAUGAUUGGUCGUCCUGUGGACUUUGUAUAUUUGUGUCAGAUGAUUAGAACCAAUAGCCCUUUAUGGAAGCUGUAACUCAGGGCUACGCUAUGCAUCCAGCAGUACCUCUCACACUAAAGGCUCUCAGAGUUGUACGAGCAGCAAAAAAAAAAACCACAAAAAACAAACAGGAAGCUCCCGUUCUGAAGAUCCUACAUAAGCACAGGUCAUGUAUGUACUUCCAUACAUAUGUGUAGUAGUAGUAGUUGUUGUUGUUGUCGUAGACGUCUCUGUGCAUUUUUUGAUGAUAACUACCGAUGCACUUUGGCUCCAACCCCAGAGAGGGCGACCUGGGUUCAUUCAAACUUGUCUAAUAAGAUGAACGUGUAGUUUUGUUGUGAGGCUUUUUUUUUUUUUUUUUUUCCGAGAUCAGUGAUGCAGACGUAGGGCUGGGUAUCAACCGUUUAUAAUGUUCUGAGAAAUUAAAGUAAUAAUAAUCAAAUAAACAAUUAUUUUUUUCUCAAAAACCACUACUCACUCUGUGAGAUGUUUAAUGUCGUCGAUAACCGUUGCUCCAGAUCUACAAACCGAUUCGGUUUUCGUCAGAUUAAGGAGGCGUGUUUCAAUUAAACUAUCUGUGCAUUAAUUGGACGGUCAUAUCCCCAACUCUUCCUGACCAUAGACGGGUAGAGCUCCCCCUGGUGUCUGGCUGCAGUAUAGGUCAUAAGCUCCGCCCCCUCCAUGUUAGUGGGCGGGGCCAAACUAAAACACUAAAAUACACUCAGCUACUGUUUCUUCAAGGGUGGUUUUUCCAUCAAACUUUCUUUUUAGCUCAUUAUUUGACGCUAUAGAAACAGGAUGUGACAUAAUAGCGACCACCAGUUGGCAUGCCAACCGCUCUGUGAGGAAGACCGUGGGAGUUGUGAAAAAAAUGAACAGCUGGUGGAGGUAGGGCAGAGCGUAGGAUUAAUUAAACUGAAACGUGAGUCAGUCUGGAGGAAGUGUGGCCCGGGCAUCGUUUGACGCACACUUAGUCAUUAUAAAUUACACAUUACUAAAACGGGAUAAGUUCAAACUAAUUCUAUCUUUAUUCUUCAUUACGAUCCCCAUUAGCUUCCACCAAGCGGUCGCUAGUCUUCCCGGGCUCCACACAACAGAUUCAGCCACGAAAACAAACAAAAGUAGAAAUUGUACCAUAUAACUAAAACAGAUUAACAACAGCUCCACCACAUCUGUCCCUGUACCCUCUAUACAACAGAUAGUGGUGAUCUCAUGAACCUUGUACCUGAAACUGCACAUAUUUAAAUGAGCUAAAAUCAAACUUUUCCUUGGCGAAUCAAAUGACCCAGAUGUAACUUUGAACCCUUAAAAUACACAAAAACAACAAAUUAAAAAUAAAGACAAAUGCCUUUUAAACAAAACAAAUGCGAAAAGAUAAAAAUUUAAAGCUUAGAGAUAAAAUUUUAGGCUCAUUAGACUCAGCAUAUGUGACGAUCAUGAAAAAAUGAAAUUACGUUAAAGCAAAAAAAUAUUCAUAUUUUCACGCUGAAACUCCAAAAUGUCUCUCAUUCAAAACACACAAAUAUACGUUUUUAUACGUCUAUUUACUUUUGGAGCCGUGAAGAUGUGUCUGCAUGAUGGGAUAUCCACCACCCACUGGCUACUUUUUGCAAUGCUUUAUGGGAAAUUUUGAGUCCCUUAUAUAGGGCAUUAAAUGUGGUCACUAAGGUUUCACUGGACCCUAUAUAACCCCUAUGGGUUAUAUAUAUAACCCAUAGGGGUUAUAAAGAGGCCCUAUAUAACCCUAUAUAUGACCUAUAUAGGGUUAUAUAGAGGCCAAUGGCUUUUAUAGGGCCUAUGGGUCAUAUAGGGGCCUAUAAAAGCCAUUGGCCCCUGUAUAGGUCAUAUAUAGAGGCCAAUGGCUUUUAUAGGGCCUAUGGGUCAUAUAGGGGCCUAUAAAAGCCAUUGGCACCUAUAUAGGUCAUAUAUAGGGGCCAAUGAGAUAUAUAGAGGUCUAUGGGUUAUGACCUAUAUAACCCCUAUACAGGCCUGUAUAUAACCCUAUAUAAGGGGUCAUAUAAGGGCCUUUAUAGGGGUUAAGGGGGUGAUUUCAGACACGGACUCUGGCUCCAAACUCACAUGAUGGCGGCGCCCGUAUCCCCGGGAAAAUAGCGUCUGAUUGGCCAAUGAGAGGAAGUGGAGACAUGUUCAUGACGCACACGGGACAAACGAUGCAAAAAUCAUGUCGUUUCUGUAGAUCUUUGCAGGAGAUCUGCACUUUCACCCACAAAAAAAAAAAAAAAAAGAAACGUGGGAGGUGAUUUAUUGGUCUUUACACUGUUUUCCCACAGUUUGACCGUGGUAACUGCUAAUUUUGUUGCAGUCAGUUCACGUGCGAAUACUGAAUGAGACACAUAGAAUAAAAAUUUAAAUUGAGUUUUUUUUUUUUUUAAACCCAAACCUUAACCAAACCCUAACGUUCUGAUUGGAAUGAAUCCAACAUAUCUUAGUAAAGGGAGAAGGAAUAGCUUAAUAUUUAAUGCAGAAUGAUAAUAAUAAUUUAUAUUCAUAAACAGCACCAGCACAUAAGGUUGGCAUUUUUUAUUUUUUUUGUUUGUUUUACACUUUUUUUUUCACACGUUGUCAGAUUUAUUUGUGGUUUUCUGCACUGGUUUCAAAUGAGUCACUUCUUCGCCCCUUUCUUUUGCUAGCGUCAGUUAAAUUCGUAAAAGUGAACGACUCAUGUCCUGUUUUUAAUUUGGCAGAUUUCCAGAGUAAAUUUAAAGAUUCUAAUCAGACACUGAGUAAAAAAAAGUUGUGCUUUGAUAUCCAGCCCUAUCAGUGCACACAGACUCAUAUAUAUAUGUGUAAAUAUAUAUAUAUUAUCUGUCUGCACAUGCACUCACAGGCUUUAACGUAUCUGCUCACUCUGUCUGUUGGAGACUGAACCGGUCGAAGCAGUAUUUGAAUAGAAAAGCCAUAACUCUGGGAUGAACCUCAGCUUUAAAAGUCGGCCUGGAAAGUAAGAUUUGACUCUCAGUAGAGACGUGAGCACAUUGAGGCCUAUACUUCACUCCUGAACUAACCUCACAGGGUUUUUCUGUUCGCUAACGGAAUGACAGGGCAUCGAUCAACCUUCUCUGUUCUGUUCUCGUCUCUCGAAUCGAAGAUGCACCUGGUUGUUGUAGUUUUCUGUCUUUGCCCGGUGCACUAAGAUCUGAACACAACCUCCACUCGUCUCUGAUGCUCGAGACCAAACAUCUCUGUCCAGUUUGUUUUUUUUAGAAUAUCUUUCCAGAAGCAGACACAUGUUCUAGGUUUGAAAAUGCUUCUUUUGUCUUGAUGGCUUUUCUUUCUCAUCUCCUCAAGCGAAACAGUGUCUUUUCAGACCCCCUCCCCCCUCCACCGUCUUCCCCCUCAAAUAGGUUUUUACAGAUGUCACAUGGCAUCUGCUGAUUUAGUCUCUGUAGAGUGCACCUCACAUACUUUUUCUACAAACAACGUGCCUAGUUUGUACAGUUCCUCCAACAGCAGCACUGCCCAUGAGAUGGAGACGCUCAGAGAUUAACCCUGCCAUCCGUUCAUCCUUUCAUCCCUCCAAACUAACUCAUCUCGGGGACGAGGCGGUGAAAAACCAUCGCUCACCUGAUUUUUAUUUUCAUUUGAUUUUAUUUGUGUUAAGCCUCCGUUUCUGUGUCUGGUUUCUCCGGUUUCGCAUCCAUCAUCAUGACAUUGUGUGAUUUUUUCAGAAUGUAAAACUCCUGUUGGUUGGUUUGGGUUUUAUUUUAUUUUAUUUUUGUUUUUAUUUUUGCAGACGGAGGAUUUGUUCUCAUUAAUCUGCUCUGACACUUUGACUUUGACGGUCGCUGCAUCUGAACCGGAGAAACUUUUAAGAAUGCUGCAUAAAUGUUUUCUUCCCAGUGUACGAAAGAGAAUUUAAAGAACAACACCAAGCAAGUUAAACAGUUUAAUGAAUAAAUACAUCUUGGUACAAUGGUAUAUUUGUUCUUUUAUAAUGCUGACGUACCGGUUAAUGAGGCCACUAAGGAAAAAUGAAAAGCAUAAGAUGUGUGACACAAAUAAAGAGCGUCCAGUUCUGCAAAAUCGAUUUCAGAAAUGACGAAAACAAGGGUCCGAGUAUUAUUAUUAAUUUAUUAAUUUCUUUGGUGUUUCAAGUUUGCUUUUAAAACCAGAAAUGAUUAGAUUUUUAUUAAUAAACGCAAACAUUUAAAUUAAAUAAACUAAAAUAUUCCAAAAGGAAAAGGAGAAAGUUCAUAAGUGAUUUAAUUCUCUUUCUUCUAUGUGAUUUAAAAUAAAUAAAUAAAAGCUGUGAUCUCCUUGAAUGAAAACUGGUCCAGGUCUAAAUGAUCCUGGUUCUUCUCCAGAUUCAACACAAACAUUCAGAGAUAAAUUCAGAUGAGCAGAACUUCUAAACUGAAUCUGAUUAUUGUUCCAGAGUCAUGUGCGAGCUCCAUUGAGACCUAAAAAAAGGUCUCUCUGACUCUUAUAACCUCUGGUUUCCUUUUCUGCUCUUUCUGGUUUAUUUUGUCAUAGAUUAACGCACCAAAGGUAAAUUUUCUUGUUCAGUAUUUUUAUUUUGUUUUAUUUUAUUUUAUUUUAUUUAUUUUUUGUCUAAAAUUAAACUUGAAAUACCAAAAAACAAACAAAUAAAACACACGGACCCAAAAACAAAUGCAAUUAUGUUAUUUCUGAAAAAUAAUCCUAAUAAAUCCUUUUUGCAUUCCUUGGAGGUGUUUUUUAAAAAAAUUCCUGCAUUUGUGUUAUUGAAGUUGUGAGAGAAGUAAAUGUGGCCGUGGAUCUUCAGCCACCAGCAGAGCCCACAGCGGUGCUACGUUAUUUUUAGAGAAUCUGUCAAAGAAGUAAAAAAAAAAAAAAAAAAAAAGAUAAAAAUAAAAUCGUGUCUUUGCUACAUUCAUUCGUCUGUGUUCGGUUGGAAGGAAACCGACGGCUUCGUGGUGAAGAGCUUUUAAAACAGCGCGAAUGAAAAAACGGUGGGAAAAAACCGUGCACCGUUGAACCGCUCGCCCGCGAACACGAGUGAAAGUCUGCGUGACGUGGGCGGCGGCGCUGCCUUUGGUGGUUGCUCCUCCGGCUGAUUUCUCCUUUGUAGAAGUUCACUCUCGAGUUUCCGUCUGUGAAACGAGUGGAGUCUGAAUCCACCUCCCACUCGAGAACAAAAGUGAACGAAAAAGAUUUGGAAUUUCCUCGCGAGUUUCUGCAGGACGAAGAAAGGUCAGGUUUUAACGCUUGGUUCAGCCAUAACAUUAUGACUGCUGACAGUGAAGGGGAGUAGCUGGGAUAUAUUAAACAUUUCAACUUAAAAAUUUGAUGUUAGAAGCAGGAAAAAAUGUUCAAGUGGAAGUAUUUGAGUGACUUUGACUAAAAGGACCAAACUAUGACGUCUAGGCGACUGAUAAGCUCCAAAGAAAUGCAGCACUAGUGGGGUGAUCCAUCAAAAAUGGUCCAAGACUCAUCGAUGUACUAAUAGCAGCUCUGCACAUGAUCCACCAUGGGAAGAUAAAGACUUGAAAAAGCAUUUUUGGCUUUUGUGCGGCGUUAUCUUGCUGCUCUGUCUUAAAAACCUCGAUCCUGAGGUUUGAUAUUCGUUCUAAAGCUGAUUGGUCCAGUCACAUGUUGCAUUUACCAGGUUAGGUGUUUAUGUAGCCUACACCUGCCUCAUCAGUCCGGCUCGCUCUGUAAAAACACUAGUCGGUAAGACAUCCAGCGUCACUUUCAACAAUGGUGACUGAAAUUUCACAAUGUGUUCCAUCUUUAUUGAUCUCAAACAAUUCAAAAACCACAGAGCUGGAGCUUAUGAUAGUGAUAUUGUGACAAGUCUGUGACCUUGGGUGAUUCAUCCUUCUGCAGAAUAAUGUUCUCUGCUCUAGGAAUGGUUGGAGUUCAAGGUGUUGACUUGUCCUCCAGAUUCAAACCAAAUCAGUUCAAACCGAUCCAACCUCUCAAUUUAAAGUAGGACUUAACGGAUUUGCUGCCAACGUCUUGGUGCCAGAUACCACAGCUCCACACCUUCAGAGCUCUAGAUGGUCAUAAUGUUAUGACUGAUAGGUGUAAUUUCUGAUUGUGUGACAGUGAUGCAUCUAUUAUGUGUCCACGUUUUAGGUUUAGGGUUAGGAACUGGAACCAUUAAUGCUGUUGGAUCUUUAAUGGUUCUAGUUUCAUUUGUUUCUAAAGAAAACUAACCUGUCUACAUCUGGGCAGUGAUAUUCUGAGAGAACUUCUCAUGUGACCAGUUAAACCCUCAGUUGUAAGCAAACAUGCUUGUUAUCAUCUUUGUCCAACGUGGCCCCGACUCCCCUCCCCUCUGUUGGCAAUAAAAUGUCAUUUUUAAAGAGUU